AUGGUGAAGGUAGCCAUUGCCGGCGGAACCGGAGGUCUCGGUCGCAUGAUAGUUGAGACGUUGGAGGCGAGCAAUGAGCACACAUACAUAAUCCUGACCAGAACGCAAAGUGACCAGCCACGACACGUGUUUAUUGAUUACACCAGCAUCGACUCGAUCUCCAAAGCACUCGAUGCACAUGACAUUCACACGCUUGUAUCGGUGCUCUCGAUCAAGAGCAAGGAGCAGAGUGAUGCGCAGUUGAACCUCAUCCGCGGAGCCGCCAGGACAUCCUGUGUCAAGCGAUUCACGCCGAGUGAAUUUGGAUUUCCGCGCAAGGAGAAACAGUACCUAGAAUCUACCUCCUCGGACGCCGAUUACAAGCUCGCUGCUGUGAUGGAGCUCGACAAGACCGGUCUGGAGUAUACACUGUUCAGCCAUGGCAUUUUUGCGGAUUACUUCGGCAUGCCACGAAUCAAAUCAUACCUAGACCCUUGGGUAUUCGCUAUUGACAUAGCACACAGUAUGGCCGGCAUUCCUGGAUCAGGUGACGUGCCUACCGUAUACACCUAUUCUGGUGACGUCGCCAAGUUCGUCGUGGGCACAUUAUCCCUUCCUGACGGGACAUGGAGCAAGAGCAGCGUGAUAAUGGGUGAUCGGAAAACAUUGAAUCAAGUUUUGCGUAUUGCCGAAGCGGUCAGAGGAACGAGAUUCACGGUCGAGUACGACCCUGUGGAGCGGCUGAAGAGAGGACAUAUCACCGAACUUCCAUCUCACCGCCAUUACUAUUCAUCUGAAGACUCCAAGAGAGCCUUCCAGCAAAGGUUUGCUGGUUUCGGCAUCGCAAUGGAAAGCGGUGGAUUCGAUUUCACACCCUCGCAUGGAGCCAUGGUUGCGAAUGAUGCUUUUCCACACAUCCAUCCCAUGAGUGUCGAGGACGUGAUUCGAGCAGGGUGGCAGUAG